CUCUCAAAACACUAUUUUAAUCAAGGUUUUUUAUAAGCUCUUAGACAAGUAUAUCGUGUCUUACAACAAUGGAGGUCAGUUGUUUCAGCCAAAAUGUCCUUUUAGUUACCCUAUUGCUUGCCAUAGCUGUCAGCUUGGUGGAAAGCCAGGGCACCAAGGUUGGGUUCUACUCAACUUCAUGUCCUCGAGUUGAGUCCAUCGUGAGGUCGACGGUUCAAUCCCAUUUCGGGUCUGAUCCCACUAUUGCUCCUGGUUUGCUCCGUAUGCAUUUCCAUGACUGCUUUGUCCAUGGAUGCGAUGCUUCCAUCCUUAUUGAUGGACCUGGCACUGAGAAAACCGCCCCACCGAACCUCUUGUUGAGAGGUUACGAAGUCAUUGAUGAUGCCAAGACUCAGCUUGAAGCUGCAUGCCCUGGAGUUGUUUCGUGUGCUGAUAUUCUAGCCCUCGCUGCUCGUGAUUCUGUAGUUCUGACCCGUGGAGCCAGCUGGGCAGUGCCGACAGGCCGCCGAGAUGGAACGGUUUCACAGGCAUCUGAUGCGGCCAAUUUGCCAGGCUUCCGUGACUCAGUCGAUGUGCAGAAGCAAAAAUUUGCAGCAAAGGGUCUCAAUACUCAAGAUCUUGUCACCCUUGUUGGAGGCCACACGAUCGGUACUACAGCCUGCCAAUUCUUCAGAUACAGGCUUUACAACUUCACCACGACCGGAAACGGAGCCGACCCUGCUAUCACCGCCGCAUUCGUUUCCCAGCUUCAAGCGCUGUGUCCGCAGAACGGUGAUGGGUCAAGGAGGAUUGGAUUGGACACAGGCAGCGUUAACAGAUUUGAUAACUCUUUCUUUGCCAACUUGAGAGAUGGGAAGGGAAUACUGGAAUCUGAUCAAAGGUUAUGGACUGAUGCUUCCACCAAGACCUUUGUCCAACGAUUCUUGGGCAUUAGAGGCUUACUUGGAUUGACCUUUAACAUUGAAUUUGGAAGGUCCAUGGUGAAGAUGAGUAACAUUGAAGUGAAGACAGGCACUGUGGGUGAAAUUCGCAAAGUUUGUUCUAAAGUUAAUUAAACCGAACAUAAUUUGAUGUUUUUAUCAGCGUAAGCGGAUAAAAACUAAAAGCUCUUCAUUCAAAAUAAUACAAUCAGAUAUGUGUUUAUGGAUAGAUACGCAAGUGACUGAUCGAAGGGAAGCACUUGAUUUAUACAAUCAGAUAAUAUGUGUGUGUCUAUAUCAAUUUAUUAAGUGACAUUGCUUAAAAGCAGCCUAAUUUGUUUAUA